AGCUGAAUGGAUGCAAACCCUUUUGGAUGCUCAUCUUUUUCUCUCCCCCUUCUUCCACCAUCCUUCCCUUUUUAUUCCCCUUUAUAUUAUUGAUUCUGCCAUUUCUGAAUUUGCAAAUAAGCUCUAACAUCCAAUAUACUUGAUAGUGUUCAACAAUGUGUAUAGCUGCUUUUAUUUGGCAAGCUCACCCUCUCUACCCUUUGCUUCUCUUGCAAAACAGAGAUGAAUAUCACAACAGACCCACUGAGCCAGUGGCGUGGUGGGAUGGGUGUGAUAUACUGGGAGGGAGAGAUGCAGUAGCAGGUGGAACAUGGUUGGCUUGUUCAAGAACAGGCAGAGUGGCUUUCCUUACAAAUGUUUUGGAGCUUCAUGCCCUCCCCGAGGCAAAGAGCCGAGGAGAACUUCCUCUUCGUUUCUUGGAGAGCACAAAGAGUCCAAAAGAAUUUGCUGAAUCACUGGUGAAAGAGGUUCAUCUGUACAAUGGAUUCAACCUGAUAGUGGCCGAUAUUGCAUCCAAAAGCAUGGUGUAUCUGUCCAACAGGCCCAAAGGUGAAGCCAUUGUCAUUCAAGAAGUUUCUCCUGGUAUUCAUGUCCUUUCAAAUGCCAAGCUAGACUCUCCAUGGCCUAAGGCACAGCGCUUGGAAAAGAAUUUCAAGGAACAGCUUGAACAAUAUGGUGAAGGUGAGAUACCCGUCAAAGAGAUGAUACACAAACUCAUGAGAGACACAGUUAAGGCUGCAAAAAGCAGGUUGCCAGGCAUUUGCUCUACUGACUGGGAAUACAAUCUAAGCUCCAUAUUCAUUGAAGUAGAAACUCCACUGGGACGUUAUGGCACAAGAAGCACCAUUGGGUUGACUGUAAGAGCAAAUGGAGAAGCAAGCUUUUAUGAAACAUAUCUUGAAAAUGAUAUGUGGAAGGAACGGACAGUGAAAUAUUAUAUUUCAAAAGCCAAAUCAUACUGAGAAGGAAUUUUACAUCCACUUAUGAUAUGUACAUGGUCGUGUUUGAUUGAUGUGCUCCGUAGAUGGGCAGGUUGGCAGAUGAAAAAUUUGUAUUUUAUCGCUAUAACAUUAUGUAAUUCUAUUAAUAUCACUAUAAAAUUUUUAUUCUUUCGCGUGAA